AAAACCAGGAGAAGAAGCGAUAGGCAUCCAAUCAGGAAUCAGAAUUAAGGGAUGGUGGGCCGUCUCUCGGGCUUCAUGAGCGGCUCCUCUUACAACCUCCUCCACACAUUCUCACUUCUUGACCUCCCGACGGACGCUGCAGCGGAGGUUCGCUUGGACUCGGAAGGGAAUCUGUCCUCUUCUCCCCUUUCCUCCACACGAGCUGCUGCUGGAUGCCCCCCCCCCUCCCUCCUCGCGCCGCACUUGUUGCGUAAAAACUGGAUGCGCCACUGAGUCCUGAGAGAGAGGAGAGGCAGGGACGGACUGCAACAGGUGCACGCAGACAACCCCCCCCCCCCCUAAAAGACUGCACUGUGGAUAAAAAAACAACUUUAAAUGCUGAUUUGAAGAUCCUGCGGCCAUCUUCAUCUCUCAUCACGCACACAAAGCCACGAUGCCGGUUCUCACGAGCCCCGACAUGGCCAACACGUUUAAGGAGAAAUGGCUCGCGGUGUACCCGGAGGAUCCGGCCACUGGGUCCGACUGCGCGCCCCUGGACGACAGCCUCACCAGCCUCCACUGGCUCCAGAAUUUCUCCAUCCUCAACGCGGACCCGGAGCGACCCAGCGGAUCCGGACCUGGCUGCACCUCCUCCCAGCAGAGCCUGUUCCUGAAGCGGCUCGGCUUCCCCAGAGGCGGCUCCGACUCUCCGUCCAGCCCGCCGGCCGGAGACACCGCCGCCACCGGCAUGCCGCUGUACCCCGGGAGCCCCGUCACCUCCGGCAGCGACUGCACCGCGGCACCGCGCUUUGCCCAUUACGCGCAUCCAGGGAACACCUACCCACAGAUCCCCGUCCAGGCGUGCCCCCCCGUGGAGGUCGAUUACAAAACCAACCCUAAGGUCAAACCGCCCUAUUCCUACGCCUCCCUCAUCUGCAUGGCCAUGCAGGCCAGUAAACAGCCCAAAGUGACUCUGUCCACCAUCUAUAACUGGAUAACGGAGAAUUUCUGCUACUACAAACACGCGGAGCCCAGCUGGCAGAACUCGAUCCGUCACAACCUGUCCCUCAACAAGUGUUUCAAGAAGGUCCCCCGACAGAAAGACGAGCCCGGGAAGGGGGGCUUCUGGCAGAUCGACCCGCAGUACGCAGACAUGUUCGUCGAUGGCAUCUUCAAGCGCAGGAGGAUCUCUGCCACCGGCUUCAACGCCACCAGCAGACAGAGCAAGCUGCUCCUGGGUUACCACAGCACGCAGAAUGGCUGCCCCUACCAGGGGAAACGCAAGCCCCCGCCCUCGAAGAGCAACGGCAAGGCCAUGAGGGCCACCGAGUCGCCCCUUUUGGCGACGGAGGCCCACAGGGCCGACGCCCUGAGGGGCGACUUUGACCUGGCGUCCGUGUUCGACGACGUUCUCGGCGGCAACUGUAGCACCUUCGAGGACUUGGACAUCAACACGGCGCUGAGCUCCCUGGGCUGCGAGCUGGAGGUCUCCGUGCAGGGGAGGCAGCACGCGGCCGGGCCGGGGCGCUGGUGCGGCGGUGCCGACGCCGCGGCUCAGAACCAGCACCUGAACCACCUCCAAUCCUACGGUUACAUGGAGCUGAGCGUCGCCUCCGCGGCUAACGCGUUGGAGCUCCACGCGCCGCCGCCGCCGCAGCACCCGCUGCAGCAGCAGCUGGACCAGGAUCAGCUGCUCCAGGGUCACCUCCACCUGCAGCAGCAGUUCGACGAGCCCUCCGCCCUGUUCCCGGAGCAGCCCGAGGAGGCGGUGCUGCAGCCCUGGGAGGAGAUCAAAGAGGAGGAGCAGGCGAUUCCUCUGACUCUGGAUCAGGGCUUCGGCUUGUGCGAGGGCUUCUUCUCCGAGAUGCAGCCAUGGGAGCGAGUGGAGGCUUAUCUGUGACCUUUGACCCCUGAUGAUCCUCCCUCAAUGACUUGAACAUGUCUGAUUUCUGGUCCAACAUGACCACCUAAGGGAUAACGAUGGUCCCAGCUCCUUCUGCGUUCCCUCCAGUCGUUCCGCUGUGCGUCUGUAACUUAUUUUUUGUAACAUUUAUCUUUUCUUACAACACAAACUUGAACUAUGAACAGUUAUCAAAGAUUCCCUUUAGAAGAGACAUCAAUCUGGGAUGAAAACGCCACCGACUCCCAUCUCCAGGAUGUCAGGUGAUUGACAGCAGUGCGUAACAUGACACCGGACCCACUUACCAGGCACAAAGAUAUGAAAAUGCAACAGAGGAACCUUUAUGGAGCUUCACGUGGACCAGAUCAUUGGACUCUGUAGAAAAGGGGAAAACCGCAUCCUUUAAGUCAGGCUUUUGUGGAACUAUAACAGCUCAAGGCAGCUGGUAAAAAGAUGAUGUGUUCAAGGGAGUGCCGGACUGCGGUUAUUCAUCCCGUUUGGGGUUCUGGUUCUGAUUCAGAAGCAGAAGCAGAACCCAACCGCCCUCCUUGAAAGCACGUAGCUACAGGCCUGGGACGACAUGCUGGAUUCUAUUUUGCUACAUUAGCAUUAAUUAAACUUCUUCUUUUUUUUUACUAACAUUGCAGCAAACUUGCGUCAUUCUUCACGUCAUCGGAGCAGGACGUUGAAGACGUUGAAUUCAUAGUCCCGAGAUUAGAAAUCAGUCAUCUAUGACUUUCUUAUGUAAUCAAUUUAAUAUAUAUUUACUAAAGUAUAUAGCAUGAAGCUAGGCAGGAAUAUUUGCCAUUUGUCUACAUGAGCAGGGGGGGAAACUGAUGAGAACAUUAUGCACUUUGAUAGGCAGCAGUUUUAGGAAAGAUAGACAGCGAUUAUUUCAGCAAAUAGGUUUGGUUUGAUUUUUUAACAUAUUAAAAUGCUGUUUUCUAAAAGUUUACUGACCAUUACAAACGUGAUGUAUAUGCUGUCAUUUUCCGUAUCAGUUUGUCUUUGAACACUUAACACUGCAAUAAGUCAACUGGGCAAGUUUGUUUUUUGCUAUAAUAUAAUGUUUUCUUCUCAAUUAUAUACAAACUGGGCAUUUGUUAAUUAUAUUUCGCCAAAUUUGAUGAUAAGGAAUAUGCAGUUGAUUGGUGUUUCUGUAUUGAUGAAUCGGGUUCUGUCACUGGCUGAUGGAUCUGUCCCCAUUUCUUACUUUGCUGAAUGUCCUUUUUUAUUUGUAUUUCAAAAUGUGUUUGAGAAUAUAUAUUCACUUGGUUUCUUUGAGGGGACAAAUCAUGAGCAGAUAGGUUGACUCCACACCUAAAGGCCAGAUUUUCUUAUUCUAUCAUAUUGAUCAAGUUUGAUACGAGCUCUUUAAUCUCACCAUGCUAUUUUAAUUUGUACUUUUUUUAAACUGUUGGAAAAUGCAAUCAUGCCUUGAUGCAAUAAAUGGUGUCAAUUAAAGAAAGAACAAUAACAAAAACAUAUUGUUUACUUGUCAUUGUGAAACGUGAGAGAUUAAAA